AUGUCUGAAAAGAUGACUUCCAAUGAGCUGGAGAAGGCCGGGCAUCAUGACAUAACGUAUCACGGCUCCAAACAUGGCGACAGGGCGCUGUCGGUCAUUGGGGACGAGAGGGUGACGCUGACUGAGGAAGAGAGCAAACGAAUCAAACGGAAGACCGACAAGGUCAUUCUCGCCAUCCUAAUCUGGGUAUACUUCCUCCAAAUCCUCGACAAAUCCGUGCUCGGAUAUGGCGCCAUCUUUGGACUUGCAGAGAGUACCAACCUGAAAGGCGACCAGUACUCUCUGGUCGGCUCCAUUGCUCCCAUCGCCCAGCUAGCAUGGCAGCCAUUCUCGUCCUUCCUCAUUGUCAAGGUCCCGCAUCGCAUCCUCAUGCCCUCGCUAUGCCUAGGCUGGGGCAUCGCACAAGCUGCAAUGGCUGCAUGCAAGUCAUACGGCGAUCUGCUCGCGGCUAGGUUCUUCCUUGGGCUGUUCGAGGCUGGAUGUCUCCCGCUUUUCUCGAUUAUCACAUCACAAUGGUUCCGAAGAGUCGAACAGCCGAUCCGUGUUGCGGCUUGGUACUCGACGAAUGGGCUGGCGACCAUCGCGGCAAGCGCUCUGAGCUAUGGGUUAGGUCACAUCCCCUCGGAAACUUUAGAAAGCUGGCAGAUCAUCUUUCUUUUCGUCGGACUUGUGACGAUCGUCACAGCGCCGUUUGUGUACUGGAAGCUAGACAACGACAUUCCUUCAGCUCGUUUCCUUACGGACGAGGAGAAGCCAAAGGCUAUCGAACGACUGCGUGCAAAUCAAACCGGUACCGGUAGCAGAGACUUCAAGUGGUCGCACAUACUCGAACUCGCACUGGAGCCGAAGACCUACCUCUGGGUGGGUUUGGCUCUGCUCUUGAAUGUCGGAGCAAGCGUUACGAACACCUUUGGACCACUCAUCCUUGGUGGACUUGGCCUCGAUGCCUACAUGACGAGCUUACUGAAUAUGCCAUUUGGUGCGCUCCAGUUUACCGUGAUUUUGCUGGCUUCUUGGGCAGCGCAAAGAUUCAAGAUCAAAUCGGCGAUUUUGGUUAUUAUCACGAUCCCAGUAAUUGCAGGGCUGGCAAUGCUGUACACCAUUAGCCACACCGAUGCACACCAAGGCGCUUUGCUUGGAGGCUACUACUUGCUGGCCUUCCUGUUCGGAGGCAACCCGCUGAUCGUGGCGUGGAUCGUGGCAAACACCGCAGGAACAACCAAGAAGUCAGCAACCAUGAGCGUGUACAAUGCCGCAUCGUCUGCAGGCAACAUUAUCGGCCCAUUGCUCUUCAAGUCCUCCGACGCACCAACCUACCACCCAGGACUCCGGGCAGUCCUCGCCAUAUUCGUCGCCCUGGCUGCCUGCACGAUCCUGCAAGCCGGGAAUCUGAUGUUCCUGAACAAGCUGCAGGAGCGGAAGCGCGUGAAGAACGGCAAGCCUGCGAAGAUCAUGGACCAUUCCAUGGAGGACAAGUAUCAUGACGCCGACGAGCAGCCGGAAGACGCUGUUACCGGUCUUGCUGAGGGAGAGGCGCAGGUGGGAGGCCGUCAUGUGCGGAUUGGCGAGCAGGCUUUCCUCGAUCUCACGGAUCGGAAGAAUGAUGAGUUUAUUUAUGUGUAUUGA